AUGCACUGUGAUUCUUUUGCACAUUAUGAACUAUAAACAAUCCUAUCUGAAACCGAUUAUUCAAAGAGAGCUACAAAGAUCAUUUGCACUAUAGGGUAAGACUAUGUUAAAAUAUGUUAGUCCGGCUUGCUGGGAUGUGCCUACAUUGGUAUAAUUGAUUGAUGCCGGAAUGAGUGUAGCUAGACUAAAUUUUUCUCACGGGGAUCACAAGGUCCAUGGAGAGACAGUGGCUAAAUUGAGAGAAGCAUUUAAAUAAAGGAAGGACAAGCCAGUGGCAAUAGCAUUAGAUACAAAGGGUCCAGAAAUUAGAACUGGUGUGAACAAGGAACAUAAAUCGGUUGUAUUGAAGAAAGGGUAGAAAUUGGAAAUAAGUAUGAGUAAUCUUAUAUUCAGCCACCGAUUAUACAUUUGAAGGGACAUCAGAAUGUAUUGCAUGUAGCUACAAAAGUUUAUGCAAAACCGUACAUGUUGGAUCAUAAAUCUUGAUAGCAGAUGGAUCUGUAGUGACAAUUGUGGAUGAAAUAAAAGAAGUAUGGAAAAUGCUCAUUUUCAUUAAUAGUCCAGUGUAAUAGUAACAGUCUAAAAUGAUGCAUCAUUUGGAGAAAAGAAAAACAUGUCUUUGCCUGGAGCUAUAAUAGAUUUGCCUACAGUAACUGAGAAGGAAGAGGAAGAUUUAGUGAAAUUUGGUUUGAAACAUAAUAUUGAUAUUGUCUUUUUAUCAUUUACCAGAAAGGCAUAAGAUAUUGAGGAUGUCAGAGAUAUUUUAGGUCCCAAAGGCAGUGGAAUCAAGAUUAUUGCUAAAAUAGAAAAUUAGGAAGGAAUGCAAAACUAUGAUGAAAUAUUAAAAUCAGCAGAUGGAAUUAUGGUGGCAAGAGGAGAUCUAGGAAUGGAAAUCCCUCCCCAAAAAGUAUUCUAGGCUUAAAAAUGGAUGAUCAAAAGAGCACUUGAUGCAGGGAAACCUGUCAUUACUGCCACAUAGAUGAUGGAAUCUAUCAUUACUAAUCCCAGACCAACAAGGGCUGAAGCUUCAGAUGUAGCUAAUGCUGUAUUGGAUGGAUCAGAUUGUGUUAUGCUCUCUGGAGAAACUGCCAAUGGAGCAUUUCCAAUUAUUGCUGUAGAAACUAUGGGAAGAGUAAAUCUAUUCAUUAAUUGAUAGAUAUGUUGUGAGGCAGAAAAAUGUGUGGAUCAUGAAAAAACCUAUUGGAAUAGAAUUCACGAUAGGGGAUAUCUGGGCGAUACAGAAGCUUUGGCUGCUUCUGCUGUUCAAAUGAGUUUUGAAACUAAAGCUCAUGUGAUCAUUUGCUUCACUCUCACAGGUGAAAUUGCACGACUUGUUGCUAAAUAUAGACCAAGAGCUCCCAUUAUAGCAAUUAGGUUUGAAAUUUUAAUAUUUUAUUAGUACAGAAGACAAAACAAUUAAAGGAUUAAGUAUGACAAGUGGAGUUACUUGCCUUAGAGUUCCAAGUUUUUAAGGAGUUGAUACUUUAGUUGAUUAUGCUGUUAAAUCAGCAAAAUCGAGAGGAAUUAUUAAAACUGGAGACAAGGGUAUUGUCUUACUAGGAGGAAGCGAGGAAAAUCCAGAUGAGUCCAACAUCUUGAAAGUAAAGAAGAUCAUUUGA